UUACGUCACCUUCAGCUGUCAGACUUUGGCCACCCCUAAAAAGUGCAGGUUUUUUUGUUAGCAAAACUAAAACUCGGAACUGUACAACAACACGGCGCAGCGACUUGAUUUAAAGUUGUGCAUUCAUCUGCUAAUCGAUCAUUGAACGACGAUUGAAGCUGCAAAGAUUGCACGAGGUUUUUAAAGGCUGCUGCUAGUGGGUUUUAUUUUUUGCACAAGCCAGCAGCGAUCCUGAGCGGCUGUAAAGCUACAGAUAGAUGCAGGGAGGGAGGGAGUAGAAAAGUCUUUGUGCUUCCCUUCCCCCUCAUCAAAGCAAAGGGGAAAUGUCUCUGUCUAAAGGAGGGAAGAAGAAGAACCCUGGGCUGAAGCUGGCCAAAGAAGUGUUUGCACAGCCCGCACCAGCAGCAGCAGCGCCGCCUCGAGAUCUUGACUCAAAAGCUUGCGUCACAAUUGGAGAUCAGAACUUUGUGGUGAAGGCCGAUGACUUGGAGCAGAUUGAGGAGCUGGGCAGGGGGGCGUACGGGGUGGUGGACAAGAUGAAACAUGUGCCCAGUGGUGUUAUCAUGGCUGUCAAGAGGAUUCGUGCCACCGUAAACACUCUGGAGCAGAAGAGGCUUCUGAUGGACUUGGACAUUUCCAUGAGGACAGUGGACUGCUUUUUCACCGUGACCUUCUAUGGCGCCCUCUUCAGAGAGGGGGAUGUUUGGAUCUGUAUGGAGCUGAUGGACACGUCUCUGGAUAAGUUCUAUAAGAAAGUUAUAGAGAAAGGAAAAGAAAUCCCAGAGGACAUCUUGGGCAAGAUCACAGUAGCAAUCGUCAAGGCAUUAGAGCACCUGCACAAUAACCUGUCAGUGAUACACAGAGAUGUGAAACCCUCCAAUGUUCUGAUCAACACUGAGGGUCAAGUGAAAAUGUGCGACUUUGGCAUCAGUGGCCACCUGGUGGACUCUGUGGCUAAAACCAUGGAUGCAGGCUGCAAGCCCUACAUGGCGCCCGAGCGGAUCAACCCUGACCUCAACCAGAAAGGCUACAGCGUCAAGUCGGACAUCUGGAGUCUUGGUAUUACGAUGAUCGAGCUGGCCAUUUUGAAGUUCCCCUACGACUCAUGGGGCACCCCGUUCCAGCAGCUCAAACAGGUGGUGGACGAGCCGUCUCCACAGCUGCCCGCCGAUCGUUUCUCCCCAGAGUUUGUAGACUUCAUCUCCCAGUGCUUAAGAAAGAAGCCAAAUGAGAGACCAGCUUAUACAGAAUUAAUGCAACAUCCAUUUCUCACCGUGCACGACUCCAAAGACACAGAUGUGGCCGGUUUUGUCAAGGGCAUCCUGGACGACUGAUGGGCUCCCUCCGGGGCCCCGGCCCUUCAGGUCAGGUGGGACCUCUCAGCAAACGAACCAAUGGCCUACCUUUUUCUUUUUUUUUUUCUUUUUUUUUUUUAAACUCACUGGAAUGAUAGACUCUCAUGCACCCACACACACACACACACACAACAUGUGGGGCGACCCAAAGACUGACAGCAGCCCAGCAGCACUGGAGUGGGAGAGUGGUGGUAAUAUGAACUUGUACGGUCGAAACCCAACUGGAGAGGUUUAAUUCGCUCCUCCUAAGCUUCCUGUGUGUGUGUGUGUGUGUGUGUGUGCGUGCAGUUAUUCAACAUGACAAAUAUGAACUGAACCUGUUGUUUUUUUGUCUUCUAUUUUUGCCCCACUGCCCCCAUUUUAUCUCUCUCUUCAGAACGGACAGAGCCAGCCAUCAUUUCUUUGUGACACAUAUUGUAUGAAUUUCAUCUGCAAAAUCCAACAGUUAAAUGUGUAUGUUGUUGUGUAUUGAAAGCUAUAUUUGCAUAUGCGUUUGUAUGUUUUCUCAUUAUACAGAGUUUUGAUACUGUAUAUCGUCGACAUUGUGUGAAUUUUACCGGACUAGGGCCUUAUUUGUGAGAUUGCAUCCCGUGAACAGUUGGACCUGGUUCUGCCCUGAGGUGAUUUGGUCAGAGCAGGGGCUACGGGACGCUCCAGAGCUGAGACAAGAAAUGUCAAAAGGUCACAUUCUGCACGGGAGGAGUUUGCAAGUCAUCGCUAUAUCUCUUGGCGACGUGAGGCAGGAAUGCAAAGCGUCUCAUAUCAUCUAAUCCGAUAGUGAUCGGAGCUGCGGCCCUUCAUGCAGUGACCCCUCCGGACUCGUCUUCUUCUUUCUCGGGUAUCAACGAGUCGGCUUCAGCGCCGCCGCCGUUGUUACUACCUGGAUGUAUUCAGGGGUUGCCUAAUCAAGCUCACGGCUUUAUCUCUUUCUGUGUGCCAUGUUUGCAAAGAUCGUUCUCAUGAAUUACUGCAUUAAUGUGUGUUUUCUUUUCUUCUUUUUUUUGGACCUGCAUUUUGAUUUUAUUCCCGCAGCAUUUAAACUCAUCCCUUUUAGCUUAUACCGUUCUCAAUCCUGGAGUUGGCAUCGUCUUUUCAUUUGAGGCACUUCUGUUUAUUUUUCCAGAGACCUUAUUAUGCAUUACACAGACAGUAUGUUAGGGAAAUAAUUUAUGUGUUGAAGAUGUAAAUACUAUCUCCUUUUUUUUUUAAUGUAACACUGUCCUUAACCUGGCAGUGCAGAUGAGUGGUUGGUAGUUAGUUUUAAUGCAGUGUGACACGCAUACACAAACACUUGUACUCGCAGGGCCAGCUGACUAUCGUACACCUAUUUUGGACUGAUGUGCUGUCAGGCUCCACCGCUCAGGUUUCUGUGCUCUCCUUCGUGCGGAGACGGCCCCGUUUUGUUUUCUCCCCAGGUCGUACUCUUCCUCGAGUGCCGGACCGAGAGCCUCUUUUUCAGUCCACGGUGGGCGGCCGUUAUCUCUUCUGUCUGACCAUACUAUGCAGAGCCCCUUCGCCUUGGACACGCGGCAAGAGGCCCUCGCCGUGUGGCAGUUUCCCCCCCCACUCCCAAGUGUUCAGAGACUGUGAUGGUGAUGACGGCGAUGAUAGCGAUGGCGCCUCUGUUCACGGCUAGCACUCAUCGCCUCUCUGGUUUACACUGUAGUGCAACCUUUAUCAAAAGUCAGUGGAGUAUUUAUGAUUGUGAAUAAUAAGGGAAAGCUAACAACACCACAAAGAAGCUGCUAUUUUUUUAUUUCUUUUUUUCCCUUUUUUUUUUUUUUUUUUUUUUUAGUCUUUAGCCUUCUUUGGAUGGCCAUUCCCUUUGGUGUGUAAAGGUUUUUACGCUGAUCACAACGAGAAUGGAACACUUGCUCUACCUCUUACUCCUUCACUCUAUUUGCCACCUUUUCAUUGGGUGGGACUGACAAACUUGAACUAUGGAAAGACAAAAAAAUAAAGGCUUUAUUGUUCAGUAUGUUCCGUC